UUUCACAAGCUCUGCUUCGGGGUCCAAAACCUUUCAUGUUAUAUUUUUUGCCAACCUUUGUACUAGAGCGAUUGAUUGAUAUUAUUCCUUGAAUGUCAGUUGGUUUAGAAACAAAAAAAGUGAACCUCUAAUACCGUACUCGUGUGUCUAGAUCCUACCGAUAGCUGGCGACAUUUCAUUAUUACAAAACGGUACCAGGGCAAACGUUGGAAAGAUGUCGUCUGUUCUCUGUAAUUUUGCUCGAAGAAUUUUGCCUCAUGCGAGGCAAACGUCAGGUAAUCAGGUGAGAUGUGCCGUAUCAAGUCUGGCCAGUUUACCUGAGGAACAUGAGAUGCUCAGGAAGACAUGCAGAGACUUUGCUGAGAGGGAGCUUGCACCAAACGCCGCUGACUGGGACAAAAAUCACACAUAUCCAGUUCAACAAGUGAAAGGUCUUGGUGAGCUCGGGUUGCUGGCUGUGUCUGUCUCAGAGAAAUAUGGAGGAACCAAUCUGGACUACUUGGCGUAUGCUAUCGCUAUGGAGGAGAUCAGCAGAGGAUGUGCCAGCACAGGAACCAUCAUGUCUGUGAAUAAUUCACUCUAUCUAGGACCAUUAGAAAGCUUUGCUACUGAGAAACAGAAGGAAGAAUUCAUUGUUCCAUUUGUCAAUGGUGACAGAGUAGGCUGCUUUGCUCUUAGUGAACCAGAUAACGGUAGUGACGCUGGAGCUGCCUCUACCACAGCCAGACUAGAUGGGGAUCAUUGGGUUCUGAAUGGUGCUAAAAUGUGGAUCACUAAUGGCUAUGAGGCAGAGGCUGCUGUAGUCUUUGCCAGGACAGACAAGGCCAUGAAACAUAAGGGUAUCAGUGCUUUCAUCAUUCCAAAGCCAUAUGAAGGACUGGUGCUGGGUAAGAAGGAGGACAAACUGGGAAUUAAGGCAACUUCCACCUGUCAGCUUAUCUUUGAAGACUGCAGGAUUCCUAAAGAGAACAUCCUGGGACAAGAAGGCAUGGGAUUCAAAAUCGCCAUGUCUACAUUAGAUGCUGGUAGGAUUGGCAUUGCCGGGCAAGGUCUUGGGAUUGCCCAGGCUGCUCUUGACUGUGCUAUCAACUAUGCCACAAAGAGGGAGGCCUUUAACCAACCCAUCUCGCGCUUCCAAACUAUUCAAACCAAGCUUGCCGAAAUGGAGGUCAGAAUUGAAAGUGCAAGGUUACUCACUUGGAAGGCAGCGAUGAUGAAAGAUGCGGGCCAAAACUACACAAAAGAAGCUGCCAUGGCAAAGCUAGCAGCAUCAGAAGCAGCCACCUUCUGCAGUCAUCAGGCCAUUCAGGUUCUUGGUGGAAUGGGAUACGUGACAGACAUGCCCGCUGAAAGGCAUUACAGAGAUGCAAGGAUCACAGAGAUCUACGAGGGAACAAGUGAAAUUCAGAAGCUUGUCAUAGCUGGCCAGAUGCUCAAGAAGCAUUCAGAAAUGAUGAGUUAACCUACGUUAUUAUUCAGAGAGAUAUAUAUAUUUACAAUGAAGUCUGUACCUGUAUGGUAGUUUUCCGUUCUGGUGGGCAUUAUGAAUCUGAAUGGGAUGUCAAGGAACCAACAUCGUAAUCUGGGCCCAAUAACACAACGCUUACUGCUCGAUCAUAGGCUGAUUGUUACAAUUUAAAUGAAAUUGGUCAGGACGUGCAAUCAACUAUACAAACAAACUGUAAGAUCAGUUGCUAAGCUUUGAAUUGCAGGCCCAUGGGCGCUGUUCCCUAAAACCGGUCAUCACAAGCAAGUUGUCAGUCAUUUACAAUUACCACGGUAACGGUGCUUCACACCCAAUCGAAUAAAAAUCAAGGGUUUUUGUAUUGUCAGUGAAUGACAGUUUGUUAGUGAUUAAACAUCUUCAUUUAACAUUGCCUUGUGCUUCCUCUUUAUUAAAAUCAAUAUCAACUAUGGAAGCCUGUGACGCCAUAAUUCAUCAUUUGGUUUACAUUCUGUCUCUUUGUAUCAGGGGAGCUGAUUGAAGUUUGAGUGUAUGAAAGAAGCUUUUAGAUUGAAAAAAAAAAGAUGACAUGCAUCACCGGCUUGUUAUACUUGACUUGAAUCAAUCUCAUCUUUUAUUAGACAUAGCCCACAUCAUUGAUGUUUUGUUUUCGAUCUAUUCAUCUCUUCAAGCACUAUCUCUCCUUGCAAAGGUAUUUAUGGUAAUACUGUUCCCAAACACAUAUACUUAUAUGAUUGCUACAGCACAAACAAUCCAUGAUGUAUGCAGAGGAUGUUCAAAAGUAUGUAUAUCAUUAAAUGCCAAGGAUCACUCUGAUGGUGUACAGGAAAUUGAGGAUUGCUUGAAGGAUGUGAGAACAAGUUUCCUUUAAAUUAUUCUAAGACCGAACUAUAUUGAAGGAGGUCAUACACUACGAGCUUAGCAUUUUGAUAAGCCCCUGAUUUAAUUUUCACAUGAAAUUUGUAAUCUGUAAUCUGUGUAAGUAUAAAAAGUACAUAUUUAUAUACUGGUCAUCUUCCUACGCUUUUCUUUUAAAUCGAAAAAAAUAUUUCCUUAUAAUGUUUAUUCUGUUUUUAAAAGUAUAAAUAUAUAUGUGUUCCCCAUUAUGUUGAUUAUUUGAAAAAGAAAUGAAUAAAUUGAACUUGAGAUUAUUUGAAACGUUUGUGUCCUACACUUAAUUGAGCUCCAUCUUCUUAAACUCAGAAACCCAUCGCAAAAAAUGGAGGAGGGUCAGCAUUUUGCAGGAUUUUUUUUUCUUUUGGGGUUAUUUUACAUUGUAUAAUUUAAAUCAUGCUUUAUAUCCUUAUCUUUUCCUGCAUUUCCUGGUAAUACAUUCCAAACUCUGCAACUUGUGAGAAAAAAAUAUAUGCAGGGUAGGAUAGCUACAUUAUAUCUCUUUUUAUAAAUAUACAGUAUACAUUUAAAUCUUCACGAGAAUACCUUUCAAUUGUAAUUCAUUCAAAGCAAUAUAUCCACCAAUUUUAUAAGGUGGUAUGAACUUC